GUCUAUUCUCUUUCUUUCUGUAAAUUAUUCUUCUGGUGAAUGAUACUGUUCGCUGCCGUGAUGGAUGCGAUGCGGCUUAAUCCUUUCCAUUUCUUAGAAUUUUCUUCCGUUUGGACUGUUUUUCUUUGGAGCUGUAAUUGCAAAAGCUUGGAAUCAUCUUAAAUGGUGAGCGAAUCGGUGGAAAAGGCGAAUUGUUUGGAUAUUGGGAAGUUUGUGGUUCGGCGUGGUUCAGAGGAGAUGGACAUGGAGGAGGAUGAGGAGGCCCCGACUCAUCUGAACACCACGAACGGUUGUGGUUUCUUGGUGGUGUCGACGGACAAGCUGUCAGUGCAAUACACUGCAAAUGCUCUUCAUGGGCAUGAUGUGGGUGCUGUUCAAAGCAAUUGUCCUGCGCCUAUUCGUCGGCUUAUGUAUUACUUUGAGAUUUAUAUCAGAGAUGCUGGUCAGAAGGGCACAAUCUCAAUCGGUUUCACGGCCGAACGGUUCAAGAUGAGAAGACAGCCUGGGUGGGAAGCUAAUAGCUAUGGAUAUCAUGGAGAUGAUGGGUUUCUUUACCAUGGACAAGGAAAGGGCGACACUUUUGGCCCCAAAUUCACCACUGGUGAUACAGUUGGUGGUGGUAUAAAUUAUGCUUCACAUGAACUGUUUUUCACCAAAAAUGGGAAGCUGGUUGGAUCAGUUUGUGAGAACAUAAAGGGCCCUAUGUUUCCUACCAUUGGUGUUCACAGUCCUCAUGAAAAGGUGGAUGUCAAUUUUGGGCAGAAACCAUUCGUUUUUGACAUAGAGGCAUACAUGUUUGAAGAAAGACAAAAGCAACAGAGGGCUAUAGAGAAAAUAUCUUUGCCUCUCAAUGUUAGCCACUGGAUAGUUCGUUCAUAUCUACUACAUUAUGGGUAUCAUGAUACUCUUUCCUCAUUUGAUGCUGCAAGUAGAAGUACAUGUCCCCCUAUUUCAGUUGGUGGGGAGGACAAUGACACAAACGGAACUGAAAGCUCAUACGCAUUAGACCGCCGGAAGGUGUUACGUGAGCUUAUUCAGAGUGGAGAUGUUGAUUCUGCUAUUGAUAAAAUCAAGGAGUGGUAUCCUCUGCUUCUACAGGAAGAGAGCUCAACUCUCUGUUUUUUGCUGCAUUGCCAAAAGUUUAUUGAGCUUGUCAGGGUUGGAAAUCUGGAGGCAGCUGUGACCUAUGGUCAAGCUGAGCUGGCUCGAUUCUUGGGUGUGAAACGUUUGGAAGACUUGCUUCAGGAUUGCAGUGCCUUGCUGGCCUAUGUGGAACCUUCAAAGUCAUCUGUUGGUUAUCUUCUUGAAAUGGCACAGAGAGAGGUGGUGGCUGAUGCUGUAAAUGCCUCUGUACUAGCACUAAAUCCUAAUUUGAAAGAUUCACGAGGUUGUUUGCAUUCUGUCCUUGAGAAACUGCUCAGGCAAUUAACUGCUGCUUCCCUGGAAAGGAGGGCGCUGGAUGGAGGGCAAGGAGAAGUUUUCGAUCUGCACAGAGUAUUGCAUUGAAGCAACUGUGGCAUAUAACUGUAAUUGUGGGGUCAUUCAGUAGUUAACUUAAAAAGUUUCUCGUCCUUUCUGUUUAAUUUUUACAUGUGCCAUAGACUAACAUUUUAGUGGAUAUUGAAUAAUAGACUAAUAAUCAUUGGUUCUGCUUUUUCUUUUUUUGAUUUU